ACAUUUUUUUUUUUGGAAAAUAUGAAUUUUAUUGCCAAAAUAAGAAAGUUACAACUUACAAGAAGCUAAGCUGUAACAACACCAAACACCACAGACCAAAAAGGCCAAACCAACACCAACAGUCCAAGAAUCUACCCAAACCACCUUCUAGGAAGGGUGCUUGAGAGAAACAAGGACACCUACUGGACUCAAGCUCACAUCCACCUUCUAGGAAGGGUUUUGAGAGCUAGGACCAGACAAGAACACCUAAGACAAAACCAACACAAAAAAUAGACAAAAAGAGCAGCUGAAAACACCAAAACUAGCUAAAACCAGCAAACAAAGAAACAAGAGCAGCUAAAAAACAAGAGAAAAACACCAAACUACCAGCUGCCAAAACAAAAAGGCAACACCAGCACUCAAGCUGCAACAAACUUGUUGUCAAACUUGUUGUCAAACUUGCUGACCAGAAACAGCAGCAAACCAGAACCAGCAAACCAGAAACAGCAACAGCAAACCAGAACAGCAGCAGCAGCACCUGAAUCAGCAAAUGCAAAAACAGCAACAGUCUGCCGGAACAGCAACUGCAGAAACAACAACAAUGCAGCCAAUGCCAAAGCACCUGAAAAUCAGCUGCCACCCAGAAAUCAAGCUGCAGCAAGCAGAAACAGCUGCUACAGACUUCAGAAAUCAGAACAACAACAACCAUCUGGAACUAGAACACAUCAGCAAAACCUGUUAGAACAGCAACUAGAACCAGCUCCUUGUCAACCCAACUGAGCAAAAAAAAAAAACUACACAAUCAAGUGCUUGCUUCCAGCUGGGAUUCUACAACCAACUUUUACAUUUACUCAAUGAUUAGGUGUUAUUUUUAGUAAUAGAAGGAAUAUUUUGAAACAUUUUAAAACACCCUAAAUAGUAUGUUGUGUGUAAUCAUGAGACGGAAGGAGUAAAACGGAAAAAACAUAUGUUAUGCUUUGGGCCCCCUUUGGAGCUUUUUCACUUUUACAGUUUAUUACUGCUGCACCCCUUCCUCACUCUCUCCCCUCCAUUUUAGCGUACUUGGAGAAAUACUCCAUUGAAGCGCCUUCUGAAUUUUCUCUCCUGCAUUAAAUCAGCGUCUCAGAGGCUUUUGUUCACAAAACCCUUUAAUGUCAAGACGAAACUAUGAAAAUGUACCUUGUCCCCCUGAGCCGAAGGCGGCUGCCUCUCCGGCUUUGGCUCAGGGACCAGCUUUUGACGAAACACAACCAAUGGUUUUUGAUGAUGAAACACAAAUUAUGGAACUUUCUGGUGAAACUGAUGUAAUAGAUGAUGAUGGGGGUGAUUUUGGUGAUCAAAUGGACACCCAGUUGUUAGAAGUGUCGGAUGAUAACGAAGGUAGCGAGUGCACUAGUGGUAGGAAAUGUAUUGAAAAAGCUGAAACUUCGGCAGUGGGUUCAAUUGACGUUGAGUUGCAGGACAGAAGUGGCAACCAAACAGCUGGCUUUGUGGAAAAGGAAACUUCUAAUUGUCGGCGAGAGGAUGGAGGAGAUAGAUCAGAAUCAAUAUUAUCAGGUUCUGCAAAAAGAGGAUCUGCUUCUGUUUGUAUAACAACUUUACGGGCUGCUGGACUUGCAACACGUCAGAAGAAUGUUGACAAUGGAUCUGCUGAGAUUCAUUGCUUUGAUGAUCGUGGCAUUAGUUCUAAUGUUGAGAGAGCUAGUGGAGAAAAAGAUAUGGAAAUUAGUGAAGAGGAAGGAUCAAGGGGUGGAGAGAAAAGCAGUGUUGUCAGAUCAUUGGCGCGUAAACUGUUUGGGGAAGAGGAUGUAACUGAUCCAGAAUCUGAUCAUAAUAUCGGUGAUAGUGGUAGUGGUAGAGAGGAUGAUGUCUGUAAUAAUGACGUGGCAGGACUGAAUUAUGUAGAUUCUCAAGAGCCUGGAGAACUAUCACAAGCUAAUGCACUUGAAUUUGUUGACAGAUUCCUGAAAGUUAAUGUGUUUGAGUCAGAUGAAUCUAUAAUACGUAAAAAUGCUGUGGCUGAAAAAAAAAGUCCUGGAGCCAUUGCAAAAGGAGCACAGAGCGUUGCUCAACAAGCUAGACGUAAAAGUAUACUUGCUGAAGCUUCAAUAUAUGAAUGGGAUGACAACCUUGAGGAGGAAGGAGGUGGCGAGUUCUUCAUUAAGAAGAAAGAUAUGCUUUAUGGGACCCCUAAGUCUUGCCCAAAACCUCAGAGUUCCCGGCAUCGUGAAACCAGAGAAAAUAAAUCUCUUGGAAAGUUACGAAAUGAGAAAAAGAAGCAAAAUCUACAUAAUUCCGUGACAGGCCUUUUAAAUUCUGAUUUAAAAACAGUAAAUGGUAGAGAGAAUGGUAAAGGCAGGGAGAUACAUACAGAAAAGAAAGUAUAUAAUUGCUCUGGUCAGGAAUUAGGUUUGGGUUCUUGCAGUAAAGAUGAAUCAGCAGGAGUGCAAGAGGCAUCAGCAGUAGUGCAUGAUCCUCAAUCAGCGGAUAUAAAUAAUGUGGGAGUUGACACUCAGAUGGCCGCUGAAGCUAUGGAGGCACUGGCUGCGGUAACUGAACUUGUGAAUUGUAAUAAUAUUGCUGAUCUAGGUUGUCAUAGUAAGGAAGGGCAAACUCAAAAAGAAGUUAUGAAAAAUGAUCCUUCCAAGCAAUGUUCACUUCAGAAAAGAGCGUGGUUCUCUACAUCAGGAGUUGUUACUAGAUCCAGAAGUAAAAGGACGAUCAUGACAUGUGGACGAUCUACCAUGGGAAAGUUUGAUGUUGACCUAGUUAACUCUAUGGUGAAACAGAACAGGUCCAGUAUGAAAUUUUUUUCGACAGUAGAUAGGGAAUCAUGUGAUGGAGGUGCAGUGAGUGUUGGUGGCAAGCAACCAAAGAGUAACUUUGAAGGACAACUAAUUAAUAAUCCACCUCAACCAUUAAAAAGGCGGAGUUUACGAGGGAGAGCUAGUACAUUUACGCCAGUUGUUCAACAGGCUGCUCAGAGUUUAAUGCAUCAUCAUAAAAAGAGGAAAACAACAAAUAAUAUGGUCUCUGAAAAUAUGGAUGAUGCACUUGGUGAUUCUGGAGAAAGGCACUGCCUGGAUUUAGUUUAUGAAAAAAAGCGAAAGACAAGAAGUAACACAGUGUCUGAAAUUUUGAACAAUAGAAACGACAGUGCUUCGGCUAACAGCAAUAAGGUUGAUGGGUUGAAUUGUAGAACAGGACACAUUCAGCGUGCCUCUAACGAGGACCAACAAUGCGGGGACAAAAGGUACACAUUUAGUGCUGAUAGGGGCCCGGAAUUCACAUUGGGGUCUAUUGCUCGACAGACAAGAUCAAGGUCAAGGUCAAGCACUACUCAGCGUGCAGGAAGUACACUAGAUGAGAUAGGUCUCUUUUCUAGUGGAAUGCUAUCAUCGUUAAAUACUCACCAAUUUUCUUCCAAGAACCAAGAUGCAUCAUCCCCUCUUGCCAAAGGAACCUUAACCUCUGCCACAAUAGAUGGAUCACCUGGAAACAUGCCUAAAUCAUCUAUCCCAACAUAUAGAACUCCUGUUAACUUAAAAACUCCUAGAACUUCAGUUUCACCCAUUUGCAUGGGUGAUGGGUAUCAUACACCAUCUUUUAAAAAUAGUUUAUCACUCAAGAAAGAAGUCAGUGGUUUGAUUGCCAGCGAGCAGAGAACCAGCUCUCCCUUCAAAGGUUUGAGGCAGAGAAGAGAUAUGCAUAAUGUUCGUGUUUUGUUCAGCCAACACUUGGAUGACAAUAUCAUUAAGCAGCAGAAGAAGAUUUUGUCUCGUUUCGGUGUUUCAGUGGGUUCUUUGAUUUCAGAAGCCACACACUUCGUUGCUGAUAGGUUUGUACGCACAAGAAACAUGUUAGAAGCUAUUGCUUAUGCAAAACCUGUUGUGACACCCUUGUGGCUUGAGAGCUGUGGACAAGCUAACUGUUUCAUUGAUGAGAAAAAUUAUAUUCUUCGUGACGCUAAGAAGGAGAAAGAGCUAGGUUUCAACUUGCCAAGGUCAUUGGCGCAUGCAAGUCGCUAUCCUCUUUUGGAGGGUAAAAGAGUUCUGAUCACUCCUAAUGCAAAGCCUGGGAAAGAAGUAAUUUCAAGCUUGGUGAAGGCAGUUCAUGGUCAGGCUAUAGAAAGGAUGGGCAGAUUCAUAUCAAAUAAUGAUGACCUGUUGGUCCUAUCCUGUGAUGAAGAUUUUGAAGACUGUGUGCCAUUGUUGGAGAAAGGACUUGCUGUUUAUAGUUCAGAGCUUCUACUCAAUGGAGUAAUUACUCAGCGACUUGAAUAUGAAAGAUAUCGUCUCUUUGUGGCUAAUGUAAAAAAAACUCGCUCAACGUUAUGGCUAAAGAAGGGUGGAGAACAGUUUCUUCCUGUUACCAGAACUUAGUAUACCCUUGAGUAACUUUGUAUAUUCUUGUACGAGUUGUACCCUUUUCAUGUUUGUGCAGCCUGCUAAUGUAAAUAGUUGCAUUCGCUUUAUUUGUUCUAUUGAAGUGCGCUUUUGUAUUUCUUCUCCGUCUUAGCUUCAAUCUAUUUGUUGAUUCUUUGUUCUUGGCUCCCAAUUAGCAAACCUGUGAAGUCUACUUUGUGUUUCAUCCCCAUCUUAGGUUUAAUAUAUCUGUUAAUUCUAUUGUUCUUGGCUCACAAUUUACAAUUUCAGAGAAGGUAGUUUUUAAUUUCAAUGGCGAUGGUGAUGAUAUUGUAUACGUUUGUGAAUCUUCAUUUAUGAACACUUCAUUUCACUAUAUUAGUUA